GAAGGCCCCAAGUUAAUGAGGCGUGCGCCGGCAACCGAGCGCCUCUCGGAGCUGGGCUUUCCCCCGCGGUGCGGGCGCCAGGAGCCGCCUUUUCCGCUGGGUGUCACUCGGGGGUGGGGAGGAUGGCCCAUUCAAAAGCGCCGCGAGGGGCCCCGUCCAGUGCCCUUCAGUGAGCGCUCGCAAGAGGACGGCAGAAGCCAGGCAGCUCGCAGCUCCAGGACCUUGUGGCGUAUCAGGACGCGGUUGCCCUUUUGCCAGGACCCAGAACCGCCGCCGCCGCCGCCGCUCUGCCUCCUGCGUGUUAGCCUCCUCUGCGCGCUCCGGGCAGGCGGCCGUGGGAGCCGUUGGGGCGAGGACGGCGCGCGGCUGCUGCUGCUGCCCCCAGCACGGGCGGCAGGAAGCGGAGAGGCCGAGCCGAGCGGCGGCCCCCCUUAUGCUGGGAGGAUGUUGGAGAGCAGCGGCUGCAAGGCACUGAAGGAGGGCGUGCUGGAGAAGCGCAGCGACGGGUUGCUGCAGCUCUGGAAGAAAAAGUGCUGCAUCCUCACUGAGGAGGGGCUGCUCCUCAUCCCGCCCAAGCAGCUGCAACACCAACAGCAGCAGCAGCAACAGCCCGGGCAGGGGACGGCUGAGCCGUCGCAACCCAGUGGCCCCGCUGUCGCCGGCCUUGAGCCCCCGGUCAAGCUCAAGGAAUUGCACUUUUCCAACAUGAAGACCGUAGACUGCGUGGAGCGCAAGGGCAAGUAUAUGUAUUUCACUGUGGUGAUGGCGGAGGGCAAGGAGAUUGACUUUCGGUGCCCGCAAGACCAGGGUUGGAACGCCGAGAUCACUCUGCAGAUGGUGCAGUACAAGAAUCGUCAGGCCAUCCUGGCUGUCAAGUCCACGCGGCAGAAGCAGCAGCACCUGGUCCAGCAGCAAGCCCCGCAGCCUCAGAUUCAGCCCCAGCCCCAACCCCAACCCCAACCUCAGCCCCAGCCCCAGCCCCAACCCCAACUCCAACUCCAGUCCCAGCCCCAACCCAAGCCUCAGCAGCUCCAUCCGUACUCGCACCCUCAUCAACAUCCACACCCGCACCCUCAUCCGCACCAACUACAACACCCGCACCAACAAACGCACCCUCAACAGCUCUCGCAGCCGCACGGCCACCGACUUCUCCGCAGCACCUCCAACUCUGCCUGAAGGGGGCAGUACUCGGGCCAGACAAGGUUUUGAGGACUUGAGGAAGUGGGACGAGCACAUUUCUAUUGUCUUCACUUGGAUCAAAAACAAAACAAGUCUCCCCGCCCCGCACCAGACCAAGUAGUGUGGACAUCACCUGAUAACUUGCGAUUCCUCUUAGUUUUCUGCAUAUUCUUCAUCACGAUGGAGGGAUCGAUCUUGAGUCAAGAAGACUUUAUUUAUGAACCUUUGAAAGGAUCUUCUAAUUUAGUGGACCUUCUAGAAGCUAUGAUGUACUGUAAUUUUAUUUUAAUGUAUUUUGGUUUAUGGUUAUUUAUUAGUUUUUUUUUUUUUAAAUACUUGCUCUAAGACAUUUCUGAAUGUAGGCCAUUUCUCCCCAAACCUAUUCCCUAGUAAGUUCUAAUCUUACAAAAGAUAAAAGAAAAAGGGUGGUGGAGAGGAAAACAUUAAGAAUACGUUCAAUAUUCCCAGGGCAUUUUCAGGAGGCCUGACACUUUCAUUGUUAUGCCAAGUGGUUGAAAUUAAACUUUGAUAUUACUUUUUUUUUUGAAGUUUCUUCCUUAGACAUAUAGUUUAUGUAGAAGUUUUUUUUUUUUUUUAAACUAAAAGCUCAGAAUUGUGUAUUCAUGAAAAUCUAAUGCUCAAAAUAAUGCUUUUGGAAAUCAGUAGUAAUGACAUCUGAUUUCAAAAUAUUUAGAACAUAACCCAAUUGAUGGUAGGAUGGUCAUGUCUUAAAUAUGUGGUAGGGCUGGGUCUGCUGUAGGAGCUUAUAUAAUCUGUGUGUGAAGGUUUAAUAAGAGCUCUUUUGGGGGUUGGAGGGUAUAGCUCAGUGGUAGAGUGCCAGGCUCCGAGUACAAUCUCCAGCACUGAAAAAGCAGAACAAAAAAACCAGUCUUUUAAUUGUGCUUUAUGAAUAUGAAUGCAUUAGAUGCCUCAGUUAGAAAAUGUAGUGUGGUGGGGGGAAGAAUCAUUCAACUCGUUUGAAAGUAUUUGUGCCCCUGUUCAGACUGGAGUACGCUUCACCAAGAGCUUUGCACACUGAAUUGAACCACAUUUUCUGAUCCUUUCAGGUUGUUCUAGAAGCACACUGAAGACUCUCAUAGUUUAAAAUAUAGUUUGUAAAUAUAUCAAAGGACUAAAAGUCAUAUUUUUUUAUUUUCAUACAAAAAAUAAUGUCGAUUAGAAAAACCAACCAUUUUUAUUGUUCCUUGAGAAAUUAGAGGGUUAUAUGUUUUCUUAGGUUAGCUAAACUCAGAAUUGAAAAAGGAAGGACUGGAUAAACAAUGGAUUUCAGUAAGAAAACAACCCCAGUCUUGUUUUAGCCACCAUUUGUUCAGGAGUCUAAGCGGGGGAGGGAGAGAGGAUGUGCUUUUAAAGGUAGAACAAACCUCCUUCUGUGUUAAAUCAAAAGGAUGGUCAGAAUCCACCAGGGCAGAUGCUACUUAGAAAGAGCCAUAGAUGAUACCAAAUCCUCUUGGGGCUAAAAAUCACUUCCUAUCUGCAUGGCUUGUUUUCCAGUGUCUUGUUCACAGUGUCUUGGUCAGUAUUUUUCCAGCAUCUAAAUUGGAAUGGUCAUUUUAGACCACUGCUAAGUUAUACAGUCAAGAAAUGAAAAUAGAAUUGUAUGCUGGAGAUGUCUUCUUUUUAGAAAGGAGUUUUAAUGAAAUUUAAAUGAUGAAACUUGGAGAUAAUAAUUCUUAUCCAGAAAGUUACAGGAGGAAAUUAAAACUUAUGCAAAUGGCACAAAACAAAACAAAACUUAAGAGAACUCCAACUUCUAGGGGCUGUUUGGGUUGAAGGUAUGAAAAUGUGUCAUCAAGGUUUAAAGACAUAAUAGGUAUCUGGGACAGCUCAGAGAGACAAGUCAAAAGAUGUCUUAAAUUCAGUUUGACUUGACUUUUAGGAAAUGCCUCAUAAUACUGUAAUUUUAACACAUAUAGAUCAUAAUAGCCCCAAUUAAUCCACAGCUUUUUUCAAAUGGAGGAUUUUUCUUCUCAAUUCUUGUUAUAAAAAAAAUUCCAUACCAAAUAUUUUGAAAAUUAAGAUUGAUGUAGUUUUUUAAAAAGGUAUUUGCAUGGUGUUAGCUUAUGUAUUGCACUAGAUAAUCCCAUUGUUGAAAAAAAUAUGCCCCAGUUUCCUCUUGGCUGCUCCUAUUUUCCCCCUGCAAUAAUAGCCAUGGCUCUUAUUGAAACUAUCAGAAUCAUGGUUUCUUUUUCUUCCAUAGCCCUUGUUCCUUGGUCUGCCUUGACAUUUGUGUUGACUUGACCUUCACUAUGGCAGUCUAGUUGGAAUCCUCCCUGCUGCCUUUGAAUUUAACUGUAGAAUUUUAGGAACUAGGAAAAGUAGGGUGGUUUUUAUUGUUUUAAAACUCUGAAACUAUUAUGUUUUAAUAAUUUUUCCAGAGGGAAAAAAAAAAUGCAUGUUCAACAAACCUAAACAAAACGUAAAUGUCCAUCAUAUGAUAUCUCAGUGACUCUUGCCUACCUGGAAGAAAAUUAUUCAAACCACCUAUGGUGCCGUAAAGUCUGACAAGUCAGUUUCAUGGGGAAGAUUUAAAAAAUACUUUCAACGAACCCAAGAAAAAAAACCAAAGGGCAGGUCCAAUAGACCCCCCCCCCCCUCAACAAAACAAGCAUCAAAUGUAAAAAGUUUAAAAAGGAGUGUCCCUUGUCCUUGAACUCUUAUUGGCACACAUUUUAUGCAGCUCCGUGACUAUUCGUAGGGACAAAUGACUGAAAAAAGGAAAAAAUGUGUAAGCCCUCAGCACCCAGGAGGUGGUUUCUCCUGCCUAGCUGAGUGCCUCCUUCACUUGCUCUCAUGUUCCCUGGGAACAACUAAUUCUGGGACAGGCGUAGGCAUCAUGAAGCUCCUUCAUUCUUUCUUAGCAGAAAUCCACUUAGGUCUGUCUGUGCCCUACAGGGAGUGUUGAGGUCAGUGAAUAAAUAUCUAUAAAAGAGCCCUUUCAAAAUGAACAUUUUCCUCAUUGAGCAAGCUGAGAUUCUCUAAUCAUGUAUGAGUCAAGCCAACUUGUAUCAUUUCACUUCCAAUGAUGGCAAGAAAAAGAAAAAAUGAAAAACAAAACUCUACACAUCCCUUAAAGGAGUUUUCCUCACACAUAAACACUCAAGUCUAGCUUAAGUUGAAAAAUCUGUUUUCUUUUUUGUUCUCAUAUACUAAAUGCUCCGUAUUUCUCUUAAAAUGCCCUAACACUAAACAACUUUGCUGCCAGUUCAAAUACAUCAUUUGUUUUCUGCCCCCUUCCCCGGAGAGUGAUAUGAUUUCAUUUAAUUGCAGGUGUUAACCAUACGAUAGUAGCGGGCUUAGAAGUGUCUAAGACUUGAGUGAAUGCACAGCGAUUCCACAGAACAUCGAAAUUUGUGGGAUGAGGAUAGUCCUGUGAGCAGUUGCUUUGUGUGUGUGUGUGUGUGUGUGUGGUGUGAAACUAAUUUGUUUUUGCUUUAUCAAUAAAUACCCUCAGCAGAAUAAAUUUAAAAUUUCAAAAUUAUGCAUCAUGAUAUUGCAUCCAUUAGUAAUUCCUUCCAGAGAAAUACACCUAUUAACCUAAAGCAAACCAAGAUGUUUUAAUUGUGGAAAUGUAUUGGAUGGGUUUUAGGAACUGUUUUCUAAAUUUUUGACACAGUUUUGGAGGGCAAUGGUUUGGAUCUGCAAUGUUCAAUAGCCAAUCCAGUUAUUUAAGAGUGUGUGACAAAGUGAUCUGCGACUUUGUUGUUAGGAUGUUUGCCAAAUGGAGUAGGAUCUAACAGUUUUCUUAGGGCAUUCUUGGGGCUGGGGCUGUUGCUCAGUAGUAAAGUACUUGUCUAGCAAGGAAGUGGGUUCCAUCCCAAGCUACACAAAGACCAAAAAACAAAAAAGGAGGGUGGUACAUUCUUGCACCAUGAAGGAAACAGAAGGACUCCUGGUCAUUAGAAGCAUUUGCAUAAAAUUCCCCAGUGCUCUGAAGCUGGCCUGCUGGUGAUUGACUGAACAGCGGAGAAGCAUGUUUUUCAAGAAAGAUAAAACUCUUUGUUACAUCUCACUGUCAGCUGUCAGCUUUCGACUCCCAAGUUUCAGAACAUGUGAACAACAACUUCUGGAAAGCAAGCACCACCGUGUACCAAAUGCUUUACAAACUAUCACACUGCAAACUUAAUAGUGUGGUUGGAAUUUGUGUAAAUAUGUCUCAAGUGAUUUGGAGAGAUGUGAUUUAUUUUUCAUAUUUUCAAAAUGCAUUCCAUUUCAAAUAAAGUAUCUAUUCAGUCGA